UGUCAGGGGGCAGCGAUGGGCGCGCAGCUCAGCACGUUGGGUCGGGUUGUGACAUACCCAAUAUGGCUAAUCUACACCACCAUCCUGAGGCUUUUCAAGAAUCCGCAUCCUGCGAUUACUCUGAAGGAUCCUGAAGUGAAGUAUGCAUUGAGGCUGAUUGAUAAGGAGGAAGUUAGUCAUGACACAAGAAGAUUUCGAUUUGCUCUCCCUUCCAUAGAUCACGUUCUGGGUCUCCCUAUAGGACAGCAUAUCUACCUGUCUGCACGGAUUGAUGGAGCUCUAGUUGUUAGACCUUACACUCCAGUUUCCAGUGAUGAUGACAAGGGCUUUGUGGAUCUUGUUGUCAAGAUCUACUUUAAAAGUGUCCAUCCGAAGUUUCCUGAUGGAGGGAAGAUGUCUCAGUACUUAGACAGCCUGAAAAUAGGGGAUACUAUUGACUUCAGAGGACCAAGUGGCCUACUUGUCUACAAAGGAAAAGGCAAGUUUGCCAUUCGGCCUGAAAAGAAAGCUGAACCAGUUACUAAGACAGUGAAAUAUGUGGGGAUGAUUGCAGGUGGGACUGGGAUAACACCUAUGCUGCAGAUCAUUCGAGCAAUCAUAAAAGAUAAAGAUGACCCUACCAUUUGUCAGCUGCUGUUUGCUAAUCAGACCGAGAAGGAUAUCCUGUUACGUUCUGAGCUAGAGGAGAUCCAGGUUCAGAAUCCCGGUCGCUUUAAGUGUUGGUACACACUGGACAGAGCACCUGAAAAUUGGGAUUACAGCCAAGGAUUUGUGAACCAAGAGAUGAUCAGAGACCACCUGCCCCCACCUCAAAAUGAUGUUCUGAUCCUCAUGUGUGGACCUCCUCCAAUGAUCCAGUAUGCUUGCAUUCCCAACCUGGACAAACUGGGCUACACCAAGGACAUGAGGUUCUCCUUCUAAAGACGACCGAUAAUUCAGUGAUCUUGUGUGGAAGGGAAGAAAAAACAUUUAAUGGGGAACAGGAGAAAGUUACAGAGAUGGCUGAUGCACAGUGCUGGGAAGCUACAUUUAAAUUAAAAAUGCUUCAUUUUUUCUGAAUCUCUGGCAAGUAAGACACGUAAGCUCAACUGUACUAAAACUGUACUGUAUGUUGCACAGAAGCAACUGUAUUGUGGAAAGGUAGUGAUGCCCAGUGCUCGGCUGUAUUGUGUACUCCAUCUCAAGGGAGGACAGUAUAGCUGCUUAGGGCAGUAAACACUCUUUUACACUUUUUCUUAGCACUGUAAUCAAAUGGCAGUAAUAUCCUACUUCCUAACACUGUGCAUACCCAGUAUUUUCUUUGGUAUGAAGUAUGAAAAUAUAUAGAAUGUGCUGGAUUAUUCACUUUGUUUAUGCCAAAUUUUAAUCCUUACAGAUUUUACAGUAUGAGGGCCAGGAGUGUUUGCCUUGUAUGCAUAAUCUUUGCAACAUCAAAAGCUUAAAGAUGCUUGUUCAGAUGAAGGAUGACAAUUAACCAUUUAUGACUGAAGAUGUUCAAGCUGCCUUGUUAAUCAACACAGAGAGGUAGAGAGCAAUACAAAGUUUGUUUCCUUGUGUUGUGGAAUAGCCUCUCAUAAAUGCAAACACUUUUCCAGCUGGUCACAGUUCUCAUCCCUGGGCAAUGAAAGAAACUACAGAAAGCAGGCAGCUUUGUGCACUGUUCCACAAAUAGCUGGAAUUUUUUGCUUGUAUAUGUAUGUGUGGAAUACUGAAAAAAAAAUACUGACUUUUGUAUUUACUUUUAAAUAGCAGAUGGUGCCACAGGAGUACAAAAGCAGUUGUUCUGCAUGUCCUGUGCAGUGAAAAAAAUGCUGGGUGAAAACUGGAUCUAGUUUUAGUUUCUGUUUCCCAGAGAUGUGUUUGGAACAAAGGGAGCUCAGGUUUCAUUGCCAGGGUGGGUUUCGGCAGGUAGCCCAGUUUCAGAUGUGGUAUGCAUACAGUUGGGGAACUCGCCUGCGUGUCUUGCUCAAGCAAAGCUCCAAAGGGUUUUGCUUGGUAAGGAUGCAUGGGAACAGCCUUAGGUCACCAAACUGACAGCAAAUUCAAAUGUCUCACUGAAUCUAAAACUGUUUCUUAAUGCUGUUUACUAUAGCUCUGAUUUUUAUUUUUUUUAAUAUACUUUUUUUUACAGCAGCCUUUUACCUAGCCUUUAGUAAACUUAAGGCAUCUUGCAUGCCGAACCUUCUGCUUCUAAACUACAGAGAUGCUGCUGAGAUUAGAGCUGGCCUGCAAGGAAUCUAUGAAACUAAAAAUCUUGUUCUGGUGAUAAAAUCAGAGUGACCGAAAGGGUGUUGAGUCAUAUAUGAAGUAAUGUGGAUGCUAGUUAGCUACAAGUGUCAGUGCAUAAUACCACUUUUUUAAAGAUUCGGGUAGGUAUUUGAGGUUAUAGCUUGCUGUGUUUUCUUUUGUGCCUGUACAACAGAUGGGUACUGUGCACUUAAAAGGUUAAUUUUCAGCAUGAAUUAAAAGGAGAAAAAGAUACUACAGUUAAUUUAAGGAACCUCAAAUGGAUAAUACUGUUACUACUUUUAUUAAUUAGACGCUUGCCUCUGACGUCUUGAAUUUUUGAUGUGCACUUCUGAAACUUGUUCUUUAAUACUAUGCUCCAAAGUUCAAAUAAUACUCAAGUUUCAGUUCCUUUUUUAGGAGGCAAAAAGCAGAAAUAUGAGAGAAAUUAUCUUGCUGCUGGUUUGUAUCACUGUGGGAUACGCGUAGAUACUUUUCAUUAUUGUAUUUAAUGAAGUUUUCUGGUAAAAAAUAACUCUAGCUGGUUAUCCAUCAACUAUUUUGUAUUACUUACUCUGGUUAUUCAAUUACUGGCUUUUUUCACAUCUGUGUAAGAAAUAAAGUAUCUUGCAGGUGAAUCACCUGGGUGUUACUGAGCACACCAUUUUCAACCUUGUAAGAGAGAAACUAUAACUGUAAAACACUCUAUAAAAGUGAAGGUUCAAAAAAAAAAAAGAAAGCCUGUUAGAUUUGUUUACCCAAGUGCUUAUCUCUUUCUUUUGUUUGAGUUUGGUGAAAACUGCUGUAUUUGGAUGCCGAGUCAAGGAGUAAACUGUCUCUGUUUUUCUCCCUAUCACUCCAAUCUCCUCUUUUACCUUUAUUUUGUACAUCUUUCUUGUGAACAUGAGGCUCUUUUAAUAAAUAGAGGGAUUUUAUAUAAUCUACUGA